UGACCUCUGCCGCGGUCAAUCGAUUCGCGCGGAAAGGAGCUCAGCGAAAGAAGAACGUGCACGAAGUUAAAAACCACAAAUUUAUCGCUCGAUUCUUCAAGCAGCCCACAUUCUGCAGCCACUGCACCGACUUUAUCUGGGGAUUUGGAAAGCAAGGCUUCCAGUGCCAAGUGUGCUGUUUUGUGGUCCACAAAAGGUGCCAUGAGUUUGUGACAUUCUCCUGUCCAGGGGCCGACAAGGGCCCUGACACAGAUGAUCCCAGAAGCAAGCACAAGUUCAAGAUCCACAGCUACGGCAGUCCCACCUUCUGCGACCACUGCGGAUCGCUGCUGUAUGGCCUCAUCCACCAGGGGAUGAAAUGUGACACCUGUGACAUGAACGUUCAUAAGCAGUGUGUGAUGAAUGUGCCAAGUCUGUGCGGGACCGACCACACUGAACGCAGAGGAAGACUCUUCCUCAAGAUCGAGGUCAGCGGAGACAGACUUCACGUCACAGUGGGUGAGGCUCGAAAUCUGAUUCCCAUGGACCCCAAUGGUCUGUCAGACCCAUAUGUGAAGCUCAAACUCAUCCCAGACCCUAAGAAUGAGACCAAACAGAAGACCCGCACCAUCCGCUCCUCGCUCAACCCCACCUGGAACGAGUCCUUCAUCUUUAAGUUAAAGCCAUCGGAUAAGGAGCGCCGUCUGUCUGUGGAGGUGUGGGAUUGGGACAGAACCACCCGUAAUGACUUCAUGGGCUCCAUGUCCUUUGGUGUGUCUGAGCUGAUCAAAGCUCCUCUAUGUGGCUGGUAUAAGAUGUUAAACCAGGAGGAGGGUGAGUACUACAAUGUGCCCAUCCCAGAGGAGAGCGACAUUAACCUGGAGAUGCGGCAGAAGUUUGAGGCCUGUCAGUUCAAUAUCCACCUGCUGAAGAAAGCCAGGCUCGGUCCUGGGAAGAAAGUCAUCACUCCCACCGAUCACCGACGCUUCAGUUUACCAUCCGGAAACAUGAACAGAGUUCAACUCAAUGACUUCCAUUUUCUGGCUCUUCUGGGCAAAGGCAGUUUUGGGAAGGUAAUGUUGGCAGAGAUGAAGUCCAAUGAGGAGCUGUACGCCAUUAAAAUCCUGAAGAAGGACGUGGUGAUCCAGGACGAUGAUGUGGAAUGCACAAUGGUGGAGAAGAGAGUGCUGGCCCAGAGAGAUAAGCCACCUUUCCUCACCCAGCUGCACUCCUGCUUCCAGACUGUGGAUCGUCUGUACUUUGUAAUGGAGUACAUUAACGGUGGAGACCUGAUGUAUCACAUCCAGCAAGUGGGCAAGUUUAAGGAGCCACAAGCCGUAUUCUAUGCAGCAGAGAUUGCUGUCGGACUCUUCUUUCUUCAUAGGAAGGGAAUUAUUUACAGAGAUCUGAAGUUGGAUAACGUGAUGUUGGACUCCGAGGGCCACAUCAAGAUUGCAGACUUCGGCAUGUGUAAAGAACACAUGUAUGAGGGCAUGACGACACGCACCUUUUGUGGAACACCGGAUUACAUCGCCCCGGAGAUAAUCGCCUAUCAGCCAUACGGCAAGUCGGUGGACUGGUGGGCGUACGGUGUGCUCCUCUACGAGAUGCUGGCUGGGCAGCCUCCAUUUGAUGGUGAGGAUGAGGAUGAGCUGUUUCAGUCCAUAAUGGAGCACAAUGUGUCCUACCCCAAAUCCCUGUCUAAAGAGGCAGUGUCCAUCUGUAAAGGGCUGAUGACGAAGCAUCCAUCCAAGCGUCUAGGUUGCAGUCCAGAGGGUGAGAGAGAUAUAAAGGAGCAAGCUUUCUUCCGCAGAAUUGACUGGGAACGGUUGGCAAACAGAGAGAUCCAGCCUCCUUUCAAACCCAAAGUGUGCGGCAAAGCGGCAGAGAACUUCGACAAAUUCUUCACCCGCACGCAGCCCAUGCUGACCCCUCCAGACCAACUGGUCAUCGCCAACAUCGACCAGAGCGAAUUCGCUGGAUUCUCUUACAUAAACCCAGAGUUCAUCCACCCAUCGUCGCUUCACAGUGUGGUAUGAGACGGUCCGAUGAAGAAGAGGACCGCCCAUCCUGCUCAAACUAACAACUACAUCCAUGUUAUUAAUGAACUCACCAAAUCUUUGUAGACAGUUGAAUACCCUUUAUCUGAACAAAUCUGAACUGAGGAGGGCUGGAGAAGGGGGUUUGAUGGCUGAAGGGAAUAUAUCAUGAGCAUUUUAAGGCACCAAAGACAAAUGAUUCUUUUAUGAGGUUCCAUCUCGGUUAGGAUGCUGCUUGGGUAUGCGGUAAACAGAAAGGCAGCUCUCUAGGCUAUUUGAAUAAUGUCCUCACAGUAAUGACAGUUCAUCUAAUGCUUGUAUUCAGAUUGAUGUUAUGUGCAGGCCCAGUAUAUUUUACCAAACGAUCCCUUUUUCCAGUCCUCAGAUUCUUUAUGUGUGAAGCAUGCUGACAUGAAACAGGUUUUUAUGUCCUAUUAAAUCCUCUACUGCCAUUUCUAAUGUUCCUGAAUUAUAUAUUUGUAAAUCUAAAAUCUUGUUAUAGGAGUGCCAAAAUAUAACUGCAUCAAAAGGUUUUUUAUAUCCAGCUCUAUAUAUGCAUAUACUGAUUUCCUACUAGAUCUCUUGGUGGUGUCCCUUAUCUCGGGCUGAAACUUGAACCCUUAUCGCUCCCCGAGUUUUAGCAUGACAACUUCCGAUCCCGUCACUGCCUGCUCGCCUGGUUCCUACAUAUUCAACAUAUACACAACUUUUUCUCUCGCUCUAAAUGUAUGAAUCGUGAUUCCUCAUUGGUUAAGCGCAGGCUUACGCACCUGCAGAAUCCAGAUGCUGAUUUCCACAGAAUUAGAUCACCUGUCCUACUCAUCCGCUUGCACGUCUGUUUUUAUGAAAUGCUUCAGAUAGUUGAAUGAUACUGUUUUAUUUAACAUAUUUUACCCAGUUUAAAUCCAUACCGUAGAUUUUCUGUCAUGAUCAGCACAAAAAAAGUCUGCUGAUUCUGCCUGGGCCUGAUAAAGACUAGCCAUUGUAACAUUUCAAACCAGACUGAGUCUCUUCGGUUAGAAAUGGAUAUGGUCUUUGAUUAAACACCUGCAUGUUAUGCUAAAGAAAACUACCACUGCUACAAUAUAAAGAGCAUGUAACAAGAUGAAAACCCUUUCAAAACCAUGUCCAGGACAUAAUUUCCCAAAAGAAAUCAUGUUUUAAAACCAUUAAGCUUUUUUAUUUAAUUGAAUUUUUUGCAUUGUGACAUUUUCAUGACUGUGUUAAGCACAUUUACUUUAAAUGGUAAAUUAAUUACUGUAUACUUACUUUAAUGUGGAAAAAGGUGAAACCAAGAUGUACUAUUAAGUUUUUUUUUUAUAAACCAUGGUAGUCUUAUGCUGAUUAUUACUGUAAUUAUUUGACAUAACGAAAGUUGCCAUUGUGAACAAAGAAAAAAAUAAAAACAUUAAAGUAAUUAAAAUGUGCCUAACUAUCUUAAAAAUUAUGCCGCAAUGCAAAACUCCUAAUGGAUUUCAUAUAAAUCAUCCUAGUUUAUGACUCCCUGACGCCCAACAUGAUUUUUUUGUCAAAUGUUGGAGGGGUGUGGGAGGUCAGUUAUGUAUAACUUCUAAUAUAGCCCUGUCUCUGGUAGUGUUUCUGUCCUUUGGUGACCAAUACUCUUCGUGUUAAACUACAUGUUCUUAUCAAAGGGAGCUUUCCAGUAUAUAUCGGAUAUUUUUAUCUUUUUAGGUCUUAGUUUACGAUCAUCUUGCAUUUCUGCUCUGUGAAUACUUUUACGUAGAGCGCAAUGUUUACUGUUACACUAAAGGUACACUAUAUAUAAACACACACCAAGAUUUUUGUAAAUACAGAGAAGGCUUACAUUAUCCUGCAGAUUUUAUACUAAGAACUGAAUGUGCUUUUACUAACUUAGAUGGUUUCUAUGUUUAGACGAUCCAAAAAGACUAGUUUGGCUAAUUUGAGAUGUGGUAUCUGCAAACCUUUGUUACAUGUAAUUCUUGUAUUUAUCUGCUCUGUUUUCUAUGCUGAUAGUAUAUAAGCUGUAUGUAGACUGACUGAGCUCUGUGCUCCUAAUACUGUAUGUGUGUUUGUACUGCAGCUGCUGUGUGCAUGAGGGGCAAAUCGGUGCAUGCAAAACGUGUUGCAUGAUUCCAGGAAUCCGGAGUCCUCUAGCAUGGAAUGAUUGUUACCAUAUCUGUCCCACCUCAACUCUCUUCCUUUGUGUUGUUGCUUUUGUUCCUGUUUAGUUUCAGUCUAAGGGUGGAGAUUUAGACUCUGUAAUGCGUAGAUUCCAACCACUGCUGAGCAACUCUGUCUGAAUGAUCUGUAUGACAACUGGGUAAAGAUGGGGAAUUCAGUUUAACCACACUUCAGACAUAAUUCUGUGUAUUCUAGUAAAAAAAAAGUACCUCAGAAAUGCUGUAUUUACACAUUAGAUUGCUCGGUUUGGGCUCUAGUCUUGUGCCAAGCCCUCGGUGGAAAUACUAUAGUUAUCAGGUGCACCAUUGUUCAAUUUCAGCACUGAUUCACAUUUUUUGUUCGUCAUUUUUCAGUUUGUAUUUUAGAAAUGUAAUAGACCUGAUGUUUGAAGUCGAUAUUCCAGAUGUUUAUUUCUUCAUUCGUUCAGAAGUAAAUGGAUACAUGACGAACAAGUGGAAAUAGAGCCGGUCCUCUUAUGAAGUGAUUCAGACAGUUUUUAAAUGGUUGUCUUGCAGGAUGCAGGUUUACACAAGUGUCUCACAUUGAGAGUAUUUGGGAAAGUAACGGUCGCGUGUUUGAUUGUGGUUUUGCUGCAUGUGAGAUGACAUUCCAACAUUCCCUGGACAUUUGAAGAAUAUGAACAUUCCACACAGCCAUUUCUUAUCAGAGAUUCUAUCAGGAAUUAUAAAUAUAUAUUUAUUAUUAUUAUGAAAUUAUGGAUUCCAGGGCAGUGUUUUAGUUUGAAUACGUUAAAUCACUCAUCUUUGUUUAGUUUUUUUUUUUCUUUACAAAAUGUUGUCCCUCUGGUCUUUGUGAAGGAUAAUGUGUAUGAAUAAAUGUAUGACAAAAGUGA